AGUCCGUAAGGGAAAUCGUGCGGGCCCAUCCGCCCCUGGAGGUGAGCGGGGCUGGGGCCCAGGAGAUGGGGGCCGGGAGCCGGGACGAGACACGGCACGACGUGACGGGCAAGGGAACCCUGGCGGCCUCCCUGCUUGAGCCAUCGCCCUCGGUCCAGCUGAACGAAGCUGCGGGCGAGAAUCGCGAGGCUUCCGGGGCCGCCCAAAGAAUCGAAACAGAGGCUUCCCCUGCGCCCGUAGCGAUGGGAGCGUCCGGAGCCUGGUCUUGUCCCGCCCCCGGCCCCGCUUUGACUGAUUGGUUCAUUUCAUUAAACUAAAGAUCUGGGGCGGAUUCGGGUACUGCGGCUGCUCAUCCCCAAUGAAGGGACCCUGUGAAGGCCUCCUUAGGCAUAGUAGUGAUAAUAGGAAUGAUAGAGAGCUUGAAGGUUUUCAAAGCGCUUUACAGACGUGUGAUUUUCAUACAACCUCGAGAGGAGCGAGCCAAGCUCCUCCGGGGCCAGCCUGUCCAGCCUGUGGGCCCCCGGGGCCUCCUCUACGUGCAGCAGCGGGAGCUGGCGGUGACCUCCCCGCAGGACGGUAUGUCGGGGCGCAGCGCGUUGGGCCCGGCUCCAGCGCUGCCCGGUGCCUGAUUUUGUUUCUCCUUGAAACAGGCUCUAUUUCCGUCCUGGGCUCUGAGGAUGCAACGACGUGCCACAUCGUGGUCCUGAGGCACACAGGGACCGGGGCCACGUGCUUGACGCACUGUGACGGGUCCGACACCCAGGCCGAAGUCCCUCUCAUCCUGAAGUCCUUAAAGUCUUUGUCCGGCUGCGGCCAGGACGGCAGGUUAGAAGUGCAUCUAGUUGGCGGUUUCAAUGACGAUAGGCAAUUGUCACAAAAACUAACAAGCCAGCUUCUUAGUGAAUUUGACAGACAGGAAGAUGACAUUCACUUAGUGACUUUCUGUGUGACCGAAUUAAAUGAUCGAGAGGAAAAUGAAAAUCACUUUCCAGUCAUCUGUGGGAUUGCUGUCAAUAUUAAAACUGCGGAGAUUUUCAGAGCCUCAUUUCCAGAGAGAGGCCCCGAGGAAGAACUGCGUUCUGCUCGCUCUUUAACUGGAGGACCAAUGAUUAAUAUUUAUGAUGCAAAGACAGAACAACUUCAUAUUGGACCUUAUUUCUGGAUGCCCUUUCCUCAUGUGGAUUUUUGGCUUCAGCAAGAUGAUAAACAGCUAUUAGAGAAUCUUUCCACUUCGCCUCUUGCCGAGCCACCCCACUUUGUUCCGAACAUCAGAUCUACCUUGAUGUUUUUAAAAAAAUACCCAUUUCCAGGUAACUCACUGUUUCCUGGAAAUAGGGCUCUGCUCUACAAAAAAAAUGAAGGAGGAUUAUGGGAAAAGAUUUCUUCACCAGGAAGCUAAAUAUAGGCAUUAACAACUAAACUAAAAGGCUUACUAACUGUAACCCUGGCAAAGGCAACUGGCUCUGAGUGGAGAGAACGUGAAUUUUGAAAUCUGCUGACAUGAAGUCUGAUGUCUCAUUCCUCAAUGUCUUUUAAGUGCUUUUCCAAAUAAACCUUAUUUUGGCAGA